AUGACGGAUUACUUCUCCAAGUGGGUUGAAGCGCAUGUGUUUGAGAAAGUUAGGGAACAGGAGAUUAUCGACUUCAUAUGGGAUCAUAUAAUCUGUCAGUUUGGGAUACCAACCAAAAUCACAUGUGACAAUGGGAGACAAUUCAUCGGCAUCAAGGUCAAUAAGUUCUUUGAAGAUCACAAAAUCAAAAAGAUUUUAUCAACCCCUUAUCGCCUGAGCACAAACAGUCAAGCAGAUUCGACAAACAAGACUAUACUGCAAAACCUGAAGAAAAGAUUGACCAACUCAAAACAACGGUGGAAAGAUAUUCUACCCCAGGUCCUAUGGGCAUAUCGAACAACUUCGAGGUCGAGCACCGGUGAGACACUAUUUUCUCUGGUAUACGGUGCAGAAGCUUUGAUUCCGGUAGAAGUAGGAGAAUUGAGCUUAAGAAGCCACCUGCAAUUUGGACUUCAGCGCAGUGUACUCUUGGCCAAGAUUAGCAUGCUCUCCGACAGCCGAGGUGAGUUGUUGCCUGGAGUUCCUCGUUCAGCUGAUCCUAUUUGCCAGGCUUCUCUUUCGCCACUUAGAGUUGCACUCUAG